GUCAUUCCGUCUGCUCUAGUUGCCUGUUCGCUCCUGUGUUCUCAGCACUCAACGAUACACUCUGCACAGCAGCUAGUCAGGUUUCGGACAUUAAAGCCAUGGCUCCCGAGCCCGUCCGCGUCCUUGUCACCGGCGCUGCUGGCCAAAUUGGUUAUGCCUUAGUGCCUAUGAUCGCUCGUGGCAUUCUCCUCGGACCUGACCAGCCUGUCAUCCUUCACCUGCUCGAUAUUCCUCCUGCUGAGAGCUCUCUCAAUGGCGUCCGCAUGGAGCUCAUUGACUCCGCCUUCCCCCUCAUUCACGGUGUCGUCGCGACAACGAAUGUUGAGGAGGCUUGCAAGGGCGUGCAGGUCGCGAUUAUGGUCGGUGGCUUCCCCCGCAAGGCCGGCAUGGAGCGCAAGGACGUGAUGUCCAAGAACGUCUCCAUCUACCGCGACCAGGCCUCCGCUCUCGAGAAGUUCGCUGACAAGGACUGCAAGGUGGUGGUCGUUGCCAACCCUGCCAACACCAACGCCUUGAUCCUCAAGGAGUUCGCUCCCAAGUUCCCCGCCAAGAACAUCACCUGCCUCACCCGCCUGGACCACAACCGCGCCCUCGGCCAGAUCUCCGAGCGCCUUGGCGUCCCCGUGGCGAAUGUGAAGAACACCAUCAUCUGGGGCAACCACUCCUCCACCCAGUACCCUGAUGUGAACCACGCUGUCGUCGUCACUCCUGAGGGCGAGAAGCCCGUCCGCGAGCUCGUCAAGGACGACGCGUGGCUCGAUGGUGACUUCAUCAAGACUGUUCAGCAACGCGGUGCUGCCAUCAUCAAGGCCCGCAACCUCUCCAGCGCUCUCUCCGCCGCUUCGUCUGCCUGCGACCACAUCCGCAACUGGGUCAAGGGCACACCCGAGGGUUCAUGGGUGUCCAUGGGAGUCAUUUCUGACGGCUCCUACGACGUUCCCAAGGACAUCAUCUACUCCUUCCCUGUCACCUGCAAGGACGGCGAGUGGACCAUUGUUCAAGGGCUAUCCAUCGAUGCUAACUCGAGGGCGAAGAUGGACGCCACGGCAGCAGAGCUUGUUGAGGAGAAGGACCUCGCGUAUGAGUGCCUGAAGGCGUAAACAUAUACUUAGUUAUCACGUUGCUCAAGUUUUCUUGAGUGUAAGCUUUUUGCAGGAGAGAUAAUGCACUAGUUAAUUUCGGUUCUCUUCUGGCGCUCAUCCACUUAAGUGGCAAAUUGUAAAACCAACCUCACCAUGAUAGUACCUACAAUUGCAUGGUCU